CCCGGAUGGAUGCGCUCGGCGUGGCCCGCGGGGCCGAGGCUCCCUGGAGGGGGAUGUCCGCGGAGGAGCUGGAGAUGCAGUACAGCCCCAGCAGAUGGGUCGUCCGACUGGGAGCGGAGGAGGCGCUGAGGAAUUACACACGGAUGGGAACUGAGGCCACCAGGAAGGCACGGGCUUCCGGGAGGAGCCUGCUCCACGUCCCCUACGGAGAGGGCCCAGGGGAGCAGCUGGACGUCUACUUCCCUGACGGCGCCCCUGCAGCCCUGCCUUUCUUUGUGUUUUUUCAUGGCGGAUACUGGCAGAGUGGAAGUAAAAACACAUCGGCCUUCAUGGUCAACCCGCUGACCGCCCGGGGAGUGGCCGUGGUGGUGGUGGCUUAUGACAUCGCCCCCAAAGGCACCCUGGACCUGAUGGUGGAGCAGGUGACGCGGAGCGUUGCGUUUGUGCAGAAGCGAUAUCCAUGCAACGAGGGGAUUUACCUGUGCGGACACUCAGCUGGGGCCCACCUGGCCGCCAUGAUGCUCCUGGCCAACUGGACACAGCACGGAGUUACGCCCAACCUCAAAGGCCUUUUUCUGGUGAGUGGCAUCUACGACCUGGAGCCCCUUCUCUACACCUCCCAGAAUGCCCCUCUGCGCCUGACACUGGAGGAUGCCCGGAGGAACAGCCCACAGCUGCAGCUGGGCACCACCAGGAAGCAGCCCGUGUGCCCCGCCUGCCGCACGCUGGUGACUGUGGGCCAGCACGACUCCCCCGAAUUCCACCGACAGUCCAGGGAGUUCUUUCAGGCCCUCUGCCUCCGAGGGUGGGAUGCCUCGUUUGAAGAAAUCCGUGAUGUGGAUCACUUCGAAAUCAUUGAACAUCUAACCCAGAUGGAUUUUGCACUCACCCAGAAGGGCAGCAUUAGCAAACCGGAACAGAAGGUGCGGUGGGAGCACAUGAAGGUGGUUUGCUUUAUCUGAAUUCUUCAAAUCUUUUCCAGUAGGAUGCACCGAGCAGGUAAGUUUACCAUGUCAUUUAAAAUAUGAGAAGACUAGCAGGAUGCAAGUCAACGAGAUUGAUUGCAUGGAUACAGCUUCAGUCUGCUCUAGAUUUUUGAAGGAAAUGACUCACAAAUUGUACGGCUUCACUCAGUUUUUGUCACACGCUCCUUGUGAGACGCCUCACGGCUGCCGGCGGAGAAGCCAUGUCACCUCACCUGGGUUGACAAUCGCUCCCUGCACUUCUGCCCUCAGGUGACGAGCAAAGGCCAACGGUGACGCUAACCUGUUAGCCGGAAGGGUACACAUGCCCACUGUCCCCAGCAGUUAAUCCACAGGUGGUAUUGUGGGCGGUUUCAAGUUUAUUUUAUUUUCCCUAAUGUGACAAAAAGUCGAUAAAGGUUAUAUUAAUUAGACUGGAUGAGAUAACAUUGUGUCACUGUUCAGUUUCCUGAUUUUAACCACUGUACUGUGGUUAUGUAAGAGAGUGAGGUAUUUGGGGUAAAGGGCGCCAUGCCUUCCCCCUCAAGUGCUUCAGGAGAACACACACAGAGUCACAGAGAUAGAAAAAGAGAGAACAAACAAUUGGAAAAUCUGGGGAAAGGGUAUAUGGGUAUUCCUUGUACUAUUCUUGCAACUUUAAUUUAAAAGUAUAUGAAAAUUAAAAGUUACAGAAAAGUUACUACACUAAAGAAAAAAAAAAAAGAGUUAGGAAACCCUGGGGCUGGAGGGCUGAUGAGGCAACAGCCUCUUAUCUGUGUCCAGAGGAUGUGAGGGCCCUGGCCCCCCACUCCCAGAGCUCCAGAAAUGACUCAGGACAUGCUGUCCAUCACAGACUGAGGACAACAGAUUUUUUUAACACACUGUACAGGGGUAGCUGGGGCACCCCGCUCUGAGGAGGGGUCAGCCCCUGCCCCUCGCUUGGCCUUACCUCUCGGCCCCAGCCUCUGGAAACCCAGGUCUCAGCUGUCAGCAGGCUUAGCUCUCCUUCCCUUCCUCUCCUGUUAGCCUCCAUAUCCACUUGGAGAUUUUGUGCUGAUGGAAGGGCCUGUAACACUCUCCCUUCUGACUUCUGGAGGCCUCGGGCCUGCUGUGGUUCCCUCUGGUUGCCAAGCACCCAGGAGCUGCUUGUGGGUUGGUUCCCAGGGUCUGAUUUCACUUCGAUUCCCCAUAUCAAAUUUAGACUUCUGCCAGCAGCUCUGAAUCUCCAUUUAUUCAGCCAUAAAAUAAGCUGGGUUGGUGAGGAAUAGAUCAAUGGACAGAACGAAUGGACUGCGGAAAAUCCCAAUACAUAAGGAAACGUAGGGUGUGGUCAAGGUGGUGUUUCAAACCAGUUGUACAGAAUAACCGGUGUGAGGACAACUGGCCAGACUGGUAAAAAUCAGUCUGAACCCUGUUUGCAUUCCUUCUGUUGACCUGUGUCCCAGAGGGGUCAAAACUUCAGUGUAAAAACCGAAAGCAGAAACGUCCCAGAAGAAACCUCAGUGAAUAUUUGUUUAUAAAUCUCUUGGUGUGGAAAAAGCCUUUCUAAGUGUCACAAAACAAACAAAAGAAAACAAACCAUCGGGAAACAGAAAACAAGUCAGAAACUGUUUCGGUUUGCUCAAGCUGCUGGAAUGCAAUAUACCAGAAAUGGGUUGGCUUUUACAAUGGGGC